AUGGUGGCAACUAUGACCGCUUGCUUGAGAUCAAAGACAAGUACGGUCCCACAGCCAGCCUCUAUGUUCGGUCGGGAGUCGGAAGUCACAAGUGGGACUACAAUUUGA